UUUAGCAGUGUGGAUCUCCAGGAAAGUACGUAUGGUGCUUUAGUUAGGAUGAACAUGUGAAUGAAUUUUCAACUAUAAAAGUAAGGGAUAAGAGAAAUGCUAACAGCCGUGCAAUUUUCAAUCACCACAGGUCCACAACCACUCUAGUAGCUUCAAUCUACAUCCUCUUAAAAGUAUUAAUCACAGAAUUCGAGGCUUUGCUGCUUUGUUUAAUCAUUAAUCCCCAUCACCUUCUUCCUUUUCACAGAACAAUCUCUUCUUGCAUUCUUCAUGUCUAUACUGUUUAGUUUCUUCACCAUAUCAGUGAGACUUUGGCAUCUUUCCUAAAGCAGUACAGUACACCCACCCAUACUGAUUUCCAUUUCCUCUCUCUAUAAGCCUCGGGACUCUUCUGUAAGGAGAAGAUUGAACAGCCAACAAAGAACACUAGAUAUGGAUAGUGGAAACAUUAGUACAUUUGAUGCUACUGGUGUUAUAGAAGCUGUUUGGAUUUCAAACCCUCAAAACCACCCUUCUCUCAAUGGCUGUGCUUCACCAGUGGACUUUGAAGAAUCAGAACAAGAAAUAGUGAAAGAGCAGCCACAGUUAACACCAAUGGACAAGGAAGAUAAUGGCAUUGAGGAGUAUGAAGGUUGCUUUCAUCGGCCCGAGAAGAAACGGCGACUUGCAGGAGAUCAGGUCCGGUUUCUGGAGAGGAUAUUUGAGGUAGAAAGCAAGCUUGAGCCUGAGAAAAAGUUGCAGUUAGCUAAAGAACUCGGCCUGCAGCCUAGACAAGUUGCAAUUUGGUUCCAGAACAGGAGAGCGCGCUCAAAGGUCAAACUGAUUGAGAAGGACUAUGAUUCCCUGAAAGCUAGCUUUGAUAAACUGAAAGCUGAUCAUGAUUUGCUCUCUGGGGAGAACGAAAAUCUGAAGAAUGAGGUUCUGCUGCUAAGAGAUAAAUUGCUCAUUCAGGAACAACAGUGUAGCGCAAAAUUCGAACCGACCCAUAAAACCAGCACAUGUAAUGAUGACAAUGAACCUCACAUAGAGCAUUGUGCUAGUUUGAUCUUCCCAAAAGAAGAUAGAUCUCCAGUGGUGUGCAAGCAUGAAAAUGCAAGUUGGGUUAAAAGUGAUAUUCUUGAUUCAGAAAGCCCACAUUACACUGAUGGGAACUACUCUUCAUCACACAUAUUGGAGUCUGAUUUCUCUCAGGAUGAAGGUGAAAGCCUGAUCAGCAGCAGCAGUAGGAACAUUUUCCAGCCAUCUUGCCUGCUCCCAAGACUUGAAGAAGAUCAUGGACACCAAAGUAUAGCAAGUUUGUGCAAUUUGGGGUUUUCCAUUGAGGACCAGACAGCCUCUUCAUGGUGGGGUUUUGGCCUUACUGAGUACUGACUACACCUUUCAAGUCAUAAGGCAUAUAUAUGUAGCCACCAUUUUACAACUUCUGCUACGUUUCAUCCUACAAAGUCUCUGUAUGGCAGAAUUGAAAGAGAGGUUUAGGAAGCUUCAACCUGGAGCUUUAAAAAAUUACCUCUUUUUUAGGGAGUAUUAUAUAUUGUAUUAUUUUUAAUUUUGAAGUACAUAAUAUGAAUAAAUGUUCCUGAGAUGUGAGUUUUUUACAAACAGUAAACAUUUAUAAUAAUUGACUAGUUUAAUAACGCGCGUUGCGCGUUCGUAGUAAUGCCCAAUGUCAAUGUAGGGACACACAAUA